UAUGUUCCUCCAUUAAAUUUUUCAUUGAUUGAGGACUCAAUCUACAGGUCGGGACAUCCAGUACCGAUCAAUUUCAAAUUCUUGAAGAAAUUGAAUCUAAAGACGAUAAUUUAUAUAGGAGACAAAGAGGACAACUAUUUGUAUUACAAGUGGAUUAAGGAAGAGAAAAAGCGAAAAAACGGAUUGAAUUUCUACUAUUUUAAAUUCAAAUCAUGCAAGGAACCUUUUUUAAUGAACGAUUCCAAAAUUAUAAUCAAAACCAUCAACCUAAUAUUGAAUCCUCAAAAUUAUCCGAUCUUGAUUCACUCAAAUAAGGGCAAACAUCGAAUUGGGGUCUUGGUUGGCAUAUUAAGAAAACUAUUGCAAAACUGGUCUUUAAGUGGCAUAUUCAAUGAAUAUGCUAAAUUUUCCGGCGAUAAAGGCGAUAUCGAUUUAGAGUUUAUUGAAAAUUUCAAUCCAAUUUUAUUUAAAAAGAAAAGUGAAAAUCAUUUCUUA